GCCGAUAAUUUGACUUGAAGGUCGUUCACGUUAGUGUCACAAUAAUUCUAAUAUCUACUUAACAUGCAGUGUCUGUAGAGUAUUUACGUCAUAAUGGUCUCUUUUUAUUUCAAAAACGUCUAUCUCUUAGUGCAUUAGCGUGUUGUAUUUUCUAACUUGUCUUUGAUUGUAAAUGGUUCUCUAGGUAAGUCUGGUCUAUGCUCUAUUCAUAUGACUUUGUCCCUUCGGCCUUCCGUCAUGUGCAAUGUUUCCAGUCAUGUUGAACAAAACUCAUAAGUUAGUUCAGGUUGCUUUGAUAGUUUACAAGCGAUCUUCAUUGUUGUUGUUUAUUGGUUGACGUAGACCUUCGCAAUUACUUGGAAUCUCACAUUAUUACUGGGUUUUCCACAUGUAUGAUUAGUCAAAGCCUUUUCAAUCUGGGAGUGGUAUAAGUUGUCACACAUUUUUUGUGCAGAGUUUUAAUGGAUCAGUACUUGUCUGAAAUCAUGAUACCUACGUAUUUCCCCUUUACAAUCUACUUAAGUAGUCUUUGUUGCGCUUAAAACAUAACUAAAAAUACCGAAUGUGUCUUGUGUAUGUUUCAGUACGUACUUAUGUACGGAUCUCAUGAAGUUCAAUUUUAACCAACUACAGUUAACUUAUCCCAUUUCUGAUUGCAUUGCUGAUAAUAAAAGUAUCUCCCGGUGGUACGAAAAUCUUCAGCUCUAUAAUUCCAGAUCCUACCUUCGAUGAAAAAAUUUACUCUUUUUUAGCUAAAUAAAAGACUUUCAACGCUAGGAAAUAGUAUUAGGUCAUAAAAAUUGAGAUCCUAUCAUUCCAAAUAAUGUUAAUAAGGAAUAGCCUAACUUUGACAGUCAUUUCUAAUUCAUGACUGUAAAUUCGAAUCUUAUUUUGAUGUAUAAUCCAUGGGCUUAAGUUUUGUCAUUUCUCGUUGGUUUGGCUAGAUACUUUUUGUUAACUUAAAUUUUAUACACAAUCCAUUGAAGUUCUGAAUCUCGGUGUAAUCAAAGCCUUUCUAAAAUACAGUAAAAUACAGGGUUACGUACAAGCAGUGACAUAACUAGACUGUUGAUUGGUAAGGUCAUCAGUUUGUGUGGCUCUGAAGUGUUAAACAUACACAUAUCUCAGCUAUUGAAGUUUACUAUAAUGACCAGUAAAUUUUAUUGUUGCUCCAAACAAUAUUUCAUUUAUGGACAUCAGUGUUAGUCACAUUACAUUCUUACGCAUAGCUGAACUUGAAUAUUUUUUAGACUGAAAAUAUCACGAGUAAUUCACGUUUUAAUUAGGUGUCAUAGUUGAUACCAGGAGUAAACUCAUCCCAAAUCAUGCAUUCUUAAAAAAUCAAGAAUGUUGGUCAUCAUUAUAUCGGUUGACCUCAUCAAAAAGAAGUAAAAGGAGCACUCUAAGUUGUUUUCAAGUUUUCUUAAAUAAAACAGGUGUUUAGUGCUUUUAGUAUAUUUGGUAGGUCUCUUUCAGAUUGAUAUAUUGCUUAUCAUAUAAGUUAAUUUAUCUUUUUUACACCAAUCACAGUUUCUUCAUGAGGUUGCUUAAACCGACCUGGGUGUCUCAUGGAUUUCUGUCAAAGGACAAAGCUGUUGGUCGACCUAUAUAUAGUUUAGAUAUACAUCCUGAUGGUUCACGUUUAGCCACUGGUGGGGUAAUCGACACAUGUGGAGUUGUUGUUUUGUGGAAUAUGGCUCCUAUUCGAGAUCCAACUUUAGAGUCAAGUGAUAACUCUUGUCUUAAGCUUUUUCAGAUGGACAGUCAUCAAGCUUGUGUCAACUGUGUUCGUUGGUCACCAUCUGGUCGUUGGUUAGCGUCUGCUGGAAUGGACAAAGUUAUUAUGUUAUGGUCGAAAACAGCCGGUACAUCUCGUCCAGUUCAGGUAUUCGGUUCAAAAGAGCCUACCAAGUUUACGGAACAUUGGCGUUGCGUAUCAACCCUUCGAGGCCACAGUGGUGAUAUUAUUGACUUAUCUUGGUCUCAUGAUGGAAAUCGUUUAGCUUCUACCAGUGUUGAUAAUUCUGUAAUUGUUUGGUGUCGUCAAAAACUUCCUAAUGGUUCAGGUUAUACAAGCAAUUCUUUCUAUUUACAAGCAACUUUAAGUGGUCAUAAAGGUUUUGUGAAAGGUGUUACUUGGGAUCCAGUUGGUCGUUAUUUAGCUAGUCAAGGAGAUGAUUUAACUGUGAAAAUAUGGCGUACUGCAGACUGGCAGGAAGAAGCUAGCAUCAGUAAACCAUUUACAAAGGCUAGUGGACAAAGUCAAGUUAUGCGUUUAUCAUGGAGUUUGGAUGGUUCAACUCUUGCUUCACCGCAUGCUAUAAAUAAUGGCUUUCCUACUGCUAAACUUAUUGAUCGAACGAAUUGGUCACCAAGUUUAGAUUUAGUUGGACAUCGUAAACAUGUUAUUUGUGCACGUUAUAAUCCUAAUGUUUUACGUAAACAAGAUGGAUCUGGGAUUCCGGGUGCUGUUUGUUUAGCUCUUGGCAGUAAAGAUCGUUCUGUUUCUGUAUGGUCGACAGCCGGUCGUCGUGCACGAAUUGUUGUUCAUGAUCUGUUCACUAAUUCUGUUUGUGAUUUAUCAUGGAGUUCUGAUGGUCGUGAAUUAAUGGCUUGCUCACUGGAUGGCUCUGUUUGUUAUAUGGGUUUUACUCACCAAGAAUUAGGAACUCCAUGGUCACUUAAAGAAGUUAUUCAAUUACAUUACAAAAUUUAUGGACAAAGUUUAUUAGAUAAAUUUCAUCCAAUUACAUCGAAUGGUUUAUCUACAGAAGUAGAUUUUUCUGAUGAAAAUAAAGACAAUUCAAGUAUACUAAAUCAAAGUGAUAUCUUACUAGAAACCCCUGAAGCUUUAGCUUUGCAAAAAACUCAAGCUGAAUUACGUACAAAAUUAAAGCAUUCACCAACACGAGAUAAACAAGCGAAAUGUCUUCCAAAAGGUCCAUCCAAACAGAUUGAAACUGUAAGUAAAGACGGACGACGAAGAAUAACUCCUAAAUUUCUAGGUCAUUUGGACAGUCCUGAUGAAGAUGCUAAUUCCAAUCCACAAUUUUCAUCACCUCAAUCUAACAGAUGUGAAAGUAAAUUGAGCUCGGAGAAUAGUUCGGACAUGAUUUCAGAUAUAAAUAAAACAAAUCAUAUAGUAGCAGUAUCAACAACCGGAGCAAAUGUAACAACAACUCAUUCUACUAAUUCUGUUAUGUCUAAAACUAUAACCAGUGAUGAUGCUCUUCCAACUGUUACACUUGUACAAGUCAACAAUACUGUUUCUACGAUUUUAAAAAAAACAUGUAAUUCGAAUAUUGUUGUUCCUACACCUAUAUCGACAAUAAGUACAGUUGAUUCGAAGGGAAAUGAAACUACAUUUCCGUCAACUACUGUUACUAUAUGCCCAAGUCAUUCACCUGUAGAACCGAAAAUCAACUCCGAAUCACAGUCAUUAGCUACGUUUGUCCAAGCACCAUCAAAGAAAUUAACACUUGAAUCUACUACGUUUACUACUACUACUAUUACUACUAAUACUACUACUACUACUGCCACUACUGCUAUGGACCAGGAAAAUGGGAUAGAACUGAAACGUCCACGUUUAGAUAACAACGACGAUGAUACGGACCAUAUUAAACCGAUCAGUGAUGAGACAAAUAAACAAGUCACUGUUACUGGUAACAAACAACGUAAAAGACGUAUUCGAUUGUUUGCUGAAGAAGAAAAAUCUCCAAAAUCAGGAUCGGAUGUUUCAAAGUCGUCUAUGUUACAGAAUAAAAAACCUUGUUUUACACCGGAGUCAUCACCACCAAAACCAAAGCUCACCCUUGGAUCUACUUUGGAAUCUACUGAUCAUACAUCAUCAUCUGUACAAAAUCCACCUUUAGGAACGGCAAGUUUUGCACCGUUUCUAAUCACUACAUCUGAUCAACUAGGGAAUGCAUCAAAAGUUCAAUUUGUAUGUUCUAAUCUGAUAGAUGGUCCAAUUAUUGUACAGUUAAUCAACUCUUCAAAUUCGUCUACACGUGGUGAAGAAAUCCCAAAAUUAUCAAAUUCAGUCUCUCGAAUAAUUGCCAGUCGUAGUGAUCGUCGUUUAUGGGAACUAAUAUGUUCAGAUCGUUUAACUUCGUAUGCAUAUUCAGAUGAAGUUAUUGCUGUUGGUGAUAACAAAGGUCGAAUACAAUUAAUUUACAGUACUGGUGGUCAUAUAUGUCCUAAUCUCUUGUUAGACUGUGUGCAUACAUUGGCAUUAACUACUGAAACCACUGAAUCAUCUCAAUCAUCUUCAACAACUUCUAAUCGUAUUUUCACAACAUGCACAGAACCUUCAACUAAUAAUAAUAAUAAUCUUAGUCGAUUACAUGCAGUUGUCAGUGGAAAUGAACAACAACAAACAACACUUUUGAAUGGGAAUAAUAAUUUUACAUUACCUAACAAUAAUAUAAUGAAUAAAUUUAAUGUAAAUCGUAAAUAUCGUCUAGCUGCUUUAUGUCGAUCUGGUAGAUUGAUAUUAUGGAAUUUUUGUUUAAAUAAUUAUGGUUUCGGUUCAAUGUCUUCUGUAUUCAAUUCUUGUAUAUUUCCUCAAGUUUUAAUUGAAACUAAUAUUAAAGACGUUUUAAAUGGUGGUCAUAAUUCUCGAUUUAGUUCUCUUACAUUCGGUCCAAAUGGAUUUCCUGUUGUAUAUUUACAAGAUAAUUCAUCUUAUUUAUUUCAUAUAGAAAGUCGGAUUUGGAUUGAAUUAUUUGAUGCAUCUGAUGUUGUACGUUGUCAAUUCGCUGUGAAUUCUGCUCGUGGCUGUCCUCCUGGUCCAUUAUCUGCCUGUCAACAACUUAAUAAAUUGACCGCUAAUGUACAAAAGUCAAAUUCUUUCACUAGUUCAAAUUCAAACGUCAUUUCGGCUUCUUGUCGUAAAGUUUCAAAUCAAAAUUUCCUUGAAUCUCAGACUCAAUUAGCUCUAUCAUUUGGAUCUUCUAAUGAAUAUCGCUAUUGGCUAACUCGUUGGUUCCGUCAACUCAUUGAAGAUAAUGAAGAAGAACGUGUUCGUCAAAUAAUUCAAGAUCUCAUUGGUCCUGUACUGGCGAAUACCAAACUACAUUCUACUUGGCAGUCUGAAGUAAAGGGUAUAUCGAGGCUUGUAUUAGCGAAAGAAUUGUUAAGUUUAUUUGCACUCAAUUUGCAUUUACAACGUUUAUAUGUUGAAUUGAAAGAAAUGUUGAAUGAAGCAAGAUGAUAACAUUAUAACCUAUCUCAGUUGGAUUGUUAUAGGUAACACAUAGAAGAGUAAUGCAUAUUAUUUCUCCUCUUUAACUGUUUUUUCCCUUUUUCUUUUAUAAACGAUAAACUACUAUCUUGUAAUUAGUAAUCAUAUUGCCUCCUUAUACUUUCAGCUUUUAUUAUUUUAUCCUUGAACAGUAUAUUAUCCCUUCUAUAAAUACAUAUCUCUACAUAUAUCACAUAUAUUAUAUUACUUUUUAACUACUCUAUGAUCGGGAAACACGUCCGUCUAAAUUAGAAGACAUGGACAGGUUAGAAGUUUUAGAUGAUAGGGUAGAUAUUGUGGAACAUUCAGAUGGAUCCAUGUUGACUUUAAGUUUAAGAUGAUAAGUGAGUUGAUGAAGCAGUGAAUCUUUAUUGAUCGAGGUGGUUGGAAUAUUUGUUACAUAUGUCUAACUACAACCUACUUCGAUGUUCUAUGUGGUCGGUUUUUAAAAGUACGUUUAAAAUAAAAGCUGCCAAUAACUAAAUCGAAAUAAGUUAACGGUCCGUAAAGUCAUUAACUGUUGAACUGAGCCUUAAAUCUUGGAUUUUAAAAUUGUUUUAUGAUUUGUUUAUUCGGAAUCUCUUUUACUGCCACUAUUAGUACAAUAACUUCUACUUCCCUGGCAGUUGUCUUGGUCAUUCUUCUCGGUGUGAUAUAACAUCAUGAACCAACAUACGUAUGUACUGGGUUCUGUGUUACCUAUAACUAAGUAACUUAUUCGAUCAUAGAGUUUACAUAUAACUUGGUUGGUAUUAUCACUACAGAGAUGCCUAAAUCAUACUAGAUAGAGUAGAGUUUGAACUAGCAACCGGCUGAUCGAGACUUG